UUUCCGCAACAAAUUAACCAAGCAUGACUGACGGAUUUAUUAACUGUUCUUUUGUUGGUGUUGAUGAAGUCAUUUGCAAUGGAACAACCUAUAAGCUUCCUGAGAGCAAACUUAGCUAUAAUGAUAAAUCAUUCUGGAUUUAUUUGGCAAUUUAUGUAGCUCUAGUACUUGCUGCAGGACUGAUGUCUGGUUUGACCAUGGGACUUCUUUCCCUUGACAUGAUGACUCUAAAAGUACUUCGUGAUGGCGGGACACUAAAGGAGAAAAAACAUGCUAGAAAAAUCCUUCCGAUUAUUAAACGCCACCAUCUUCUGUUGGUAACACUGUUGUUGGGUAAUGCAGCUGCUGUGGAAGCCAUGCCGAUAUUCUUGGACAGGAUUUCUGACCCAGUAACGGCCAUCUUGGUUUCUGUUACUGCUGUACUGAUUUUUGGAGAAGUGAUACCACAGGCUGUAUGUACAAGAUUUGGUCUGGCUAUUGGAUCAACUCUAGCUCCGCUUGUAUAUUUCUUGAUGGCUGUAUUUUUUGUCAUAGCAUGGCCACUGUCAAAGUUACUGGACUGUUUGCUUGGUAAAGACCAUGCUACUUUCUACAGAAGAGCUCAACUAAAGGUAUUGGUUGACCUGCACGGGGAGCCAGGGGAACGUGUCCACCAUCAAGAGUCGCUAACGAAAGACGAAGUUAUGAUCAUUAAGGGAGCAUUAGACAUGAAGAGUAAAACAGCGAAGGAUGCUAUGGUUCCCAUUGAUUGUGUGUACAUGUUGGAUAUCAACAGAAAUCUUGAUCAUGACACAAUGUCUGAGAUUAUUGAACAGACACACUCUAGGAUUCCAGUGUAUGAUGGUCAGCAAGACAAUGUUGUGGCUCUGUUGCUUGUCAAAACUCUCAUAAAACUAGACCCUGAUGAUGCCACACCCAUCAGGUCUCUAGUAGAGGAUGGUACAGGGAGACCAGUGCUGCAUACAAAUACUGAUAAACCUUUGUUUGAUCUUCUCAAUGAAUUUCAAGAAGGAAGAGGACAUCUGGCUAUUGUCCAUGAGUAUCGAGGACAUGAGGUUGCUACAGAAAGACAGUCUAGUGAACUAGAUGACGACCCCCACAGACCAUUACUGCAGAAUAACUCACAAGAUGAUGAUGAUUUCCUACUAGAUAUACAAUCACAGGCUGUUGGCAUUAUAACUCUGGAAGAUGUGCUAGAAGAACUGAUACAGGAAGAGAUCAUUGAUGAAACAGAUGUCUAUGUGGACAUUAAACAUCAUAUACAGGUUGCUAGAGCAAAGGCAGCUAGGAAGGAUCCUGUACCUAAGAGAUCCAAAAGAUUGCAAAGGAGUGCUUCACAUCCCCCUGUAAGGAGACAAGUACAGGGUGUUGUACAAGUUCCGGACCUGGUCGCAAUCAAAGAUCAAACAACAGCUGAAGUAGAAUCUACCGCAGAUUCAGAUACAGACAAUUUGUUAAAAAACGAAGUACUUGCUUGAUGAGUGUGGCAGUUUUGUUUUGUGUUCCAAUCCACAAAAAAAACCCUUACAAGAAAUGAUAGAAACAUUAGAAAACAGUGAAAAUAGUUUAAAAGCCUUUAGAAUUCAUCUUUGAAGCAACUUGUUCACAGGAUAUUGGUAAAAAUGGCAGCCAAUCAGCUAACUGCUCAUAUUGACUUUUUGUUCUAAAGUGAAUUUGUCUCAAGUCACUAAGUUCCUUAAGAAGUUCUGUUGUGUUUCACGUUUCGAUGGCUGCUUAAAGGGAAAGGCAAGGCUGUUCUUAUGUGACUUUCGUCAGCUGGGAUUUCUUAAAUCAUUUAAAGAAGUGAAAGAAUUUUCAGUGUAGGGGUAAAAAGUUAUGAGCAUUUAAAUCUUUGGUCAAAUUGGUGGCCAUUUUGUUUAUCCCCCCGCCAAAGGCGAAGGGGAUAUUAGAAAUGCUCUCUGUCCGUCCGUGCGUCCGCAAUGAUCUUUGUCCGGAGCAUAACUCCAAAAGUACUGGAGGGAUUUUCUUCAAACUUCAUACACUGAUAGAACACAUUGGGAGGAAGUGCAGUGUGCAAGAACAAUAACUCUACCUUGCCUAUUUUUUUAGUUAUUCCCCUUUAUCAUAUUUUCUUAAAAAAUUUUGUCCGGAGCAUAACUCCAAAACUACUGGAGGGAUUUUCUUCAAACUUCCUACACUGAUAGAACACAUUGGGAGGAAGUGCAAUGUGCAAUAACAAUAAGUCUACCUUGCGUACUUUUUGAGUUAUUCCCCUUUAUCAUAUUUUCUUAAAAAAAUUUGUCCGCAGCAUAUCUUUUUCAUGCAUGGAGGGAUUUUGAUAUAUCUUGGCACAAAUGUUCACCACCACGAGGUGGAGUGUCAUGCGCAAGAACCAGGUCCCUAGUUCUAAGGUCAAGGUCACACUUAGAGAUCAAAGGAUACAAGAAUGAAAACCUUGUCCGGAGCACUUCUUCAUGCAUAGAGGGAUUUUGAUAUAACUUGGCACAAAUGUUCACCACCACAAGACAGAGUGUCAUGCGCAAGAUCCAGGUCCCUAAGUCUAAGGUCAAGGUCACACUUAGAGGCCAAAGGUCAGAUACAAGAAUGACUUUGUCCGAAGCAUUUCUUCUUCAUGCAUAGAGGGAUUUUGAUGUAACUUGGCACAAUUAUACACCAUCAUGAGACGAAGUGUCAUGCGCAGUUUCCUUCUUUAGAAUUACUUCCCUUUGUUGUUACUUUAAAUAGCUUUUAUUGUAACUUUUUUAUUACUAGUCGUAGGGAAAAAUCGAGACCACUUUUCAGUAGUACAACAUGCAUGCUACAUCCAAUUUUGAGGUGUAUUUUGACCAAUCUCUACCUGGUAAAGAUUUUUUGUGUGGACUUACAAUUUUUUUUUUUUUUUUUUUUUGUUUUUUUAAAAGAUUAACUUCCAUUAGUUGUUACUAUAAAUAACUUAUGUUGUAACAUUUUUAUAAUUGACCACAGGGAAAAAACAAGACCACUUUUCUGUGGUACAACCUGGAUGUUACUUUCCAAUUUUAGGUGUAUUUUAAGACAUCUCUACCUGGUAAGGAUUUUUUUUGUGGAGUUAGAAAAACAAAAGACUUACAAUGAUUACUAAACAACCACAAAAUUAAAAUUCCAUUUGCAAAUACAGCUGCUAGAGUAAAGAAAUUUGCUGUGACGGGCAUAUAUUGUGACAUUCUGCAAAGAAGUAUAAAAUACACAGAAUGGCAACUGGCUGUAAUCUCGCGUGAGCUCGUGUCAGAGCGUGAUUCGGCAUUAUCUUACUAAAAACAAACAUCGGCGAGCAUGGAGUUACAAUUUGUACUUUUAAAACUACAUUUAAAAUACAUGUUAGCUUCUAAAACAAAAUUAGUUUAAUGUGAAAUGGUCUUAAGACACGAAGUACACGUUUUUUUUUUGCCAUCGAAAGAAGCGUGGUCAUACGGUGAUAAUUAUUUUACCGAUGAAUAAUUGCUUUCGCAUACAAAAUGGCGCGUGGAGAAAGCGCGACUUCCGGUAAACAAGAUCUCGUUUUUUUGUCACGGGAGGUUGGCGAGAUUUGCUCUGUAUGCCUUUCAAGUUGCCAAUCUCUUUGCAUUCUGGCACUCUUGUUCCCUGUUAGCUUUCCAUUCCUUCUUUUUACAGUAGCCAUAUAGAAAAACAUCAUACAGCUAUACUGUUCAUGAAAAUUAAUAAAAUUUAGCAGUAAACCACCUCACCACUGAAUAAUUUUUUCUUCCACAUCUUUAAAACCCCAGAUGUUGACCACAACUAAACGGUUUUUCAAAGCUUCUCCCAAAAUGAAUACUUUCAGACACUAACUUGCCAGGAACUUUAGCCUUCAAUGAGGAACAUUAGCUUGUUACUUCCCAUGAAUUGUUGUAUGAUAAAGCGCAAGGAUAACCAAAUAUUACAUUGGUCCCUUUCAGUUGGAUUCCUCUGACAUUUUCGUUAUAACCUUUAUCCAAGAUGUUGCGGUUGGUCAAAAUAAAUAUGCUUUUUAUCAGUAGGUUUCUAAAUAAAAUGAUUAAUCCAACCUAAAUUUAACAGAGGGCCACUAAGAGAAAACCUGUCCUUAAUCAUUUUCCAAUCCAAUGAAAUUUAGUAUAGAUACUGCUUUUGAAAAUUACAUAGAAGUCAACGAUAAAAACCAAGGAAGGACCAAUCUACAUCUUGGACAUAAUCAGGGGAAGUAACUGACUAAUGUUCCCCAUUAUAAUAUGCCCGGCGGGGGGAUUGGCCAUGUCUAACAUGGCUCUUGUUUCCAUGGCAACAGAAAACAAAAUGCGGAUUUAUUAAAUUUUUAGAUACACAUUUGAACUGUCUUUACUUAUUUCUGUAAAAUAAUUUCUCUACUUUUUCCAGCUCUAAUGAAAGAAAUUAUAAUGUUUUACACCUUACAUGCAAAAAACAUAUGAAAAUUACUCUAUUUAUAAGGUAUUUUGCUAAAUAAAGAAUUCAGCGGUGUGUAAAUGACAUCAUAAACACACUAAAAUGGCUGCCUCCAUGAUUAGCCAUUUUCUUAAAUUUCAAACUGCCAUAUCUUUUUUAAUAGUGGUCUGAUUUUAAAAAUUCUUCCACUCAAGCCUUUCAUAUAAAAUUAACUUAUUGUCAGGCUUUCCUUACCCUUUAACACAGAUUCGACUGUAACUCAAAUUGUUAUUUAAACUGCAUUGUGUAAGUUAUUAAGUACAUAUCACAUACAGUUAAACCUGUGUAUACUGGCCAUAAGAUGCAAAAAAAUUGCCUGUAUUUUCAGGUGGCUUUCAUUGACUGGUUAAAUACUUUGAAAAUUUUAAACUUUAUUGUUCCCUGGAGCUAGUUGAUAUCUGCUCACAGAUAGCCACAGUGGCUGAGUUGUUAAGGCUGUUGACUGAAUCACUUGCCAAUCACAGCUAUGGGUUUCAGCGACACAAAUGAAGUAGAGUUCUUUCAUGAGAAGAAGGCAUCCAGCCAGUUUACAGACAGUUGAUAGUUCUACUGAGUCUUUGCCUUAAAUGAUGCCAAAGGACCAACUGCCUUCUUCCUCCACCAUGUAAACCUUUAAAGUUGCCAUAUGGCCUUAAUUAUGUCAGUGUGACUUAAAACCAAACAGAAACAGAUUGUCGUAAGCUUAACAAAAAUUGAUUGUCCUUAGCUUAACGAAAACAGAUUGUCCUUAGCUUAAGGUAGUUCUGCAUGUUUGGAUCAAACUUUUUUCUACAAUGUAGAAUUUGAUUAAACGCUGAUUUUUCAGAACUUCAGAAUAUACUUAGAAAAUUCAGCAAAUAAAAAAGAUGGGGUCGUGUGCUUUAAUUGGUUUUUUUGCUAGACUGAUUUGAAAAAUUUGGACGCAGUAUUUUAUAAUGGGAGUCUAUGGGAAAAUCAUUACUUUCAUAACAUUUUUGCGAAUAGAAAUUUUUCUACAAAGUAGAUUUUGAUGAAACUUCUCACAGUUGUAAAUAAACACAUGGCCUAUAAUUUGGUGAAAUAAAAUGUAUAGGUCUGUGUGCUUAUUUUUGAGAUAUAUGACCAUGAUUAAAGUGAACCGGACAUUUCACGCUAAUUUUAAGAUAUUAUUUUGAUUAUUUUAACGUGUCAUAUGUUUUAAUAUCAUAUUUUGACUUUAGAAAUAUAGCAGCAGUGCCAUUGUAAUAAAUUUAUUCACAGGUUUCAAUUAAUUCAUAAAAUGAUUUUCAUUUCCGUACACCGAAUCCAGGCUUUAUUUUAUGUUUUCCAAAUAAAUGACGUUAUGCUAUCACUUCUGGUUUAUCAAAGGUGCAGAACUGCCUUAACAAAACACAUUGUCCUUAGCUUAACAAAAAUGGAUUGUCCUUAGCUUAACAAAAACAGAUUGUCCUUAGCUUAACAAAAAUGGAUUGUCCUUAGCACAGGUUUAACUGUAUAAUAAUGUAUGAACUUACAGAUUUAUUUCUUAUAUACAUGUAUCACUGUAUAUCACAAUUACUUGUUCAGCAUUUCAACGCUUUUGUAACUGUCUGCUUGAUGAAUAAUUUGCUUGACCGUUUAUGCAUUCAGGUUUGUAUUUCAGUAAUUUAUCUAAGUUAGAUUGUGCUUUAUGUCAAAUUUGUUUUGUAUUGUACAUUUUCACUGACAUGUUUGUAUUUGUCAUGUCUGAGUUUCAAGCGUUUUAAGUUUAUGACAGAAUUGUUUUAGUAAUUAUACAAUAACAAUGGUAUAUUGUCAUGAGGGAAAAACCUUGUUAGGUAAAGAUGGCUCAAACAGUAUCUUUAUAGUUAGUUAUCUUGCCUCCUACAAGUUUCUUGCAUUUCUAUUGGUCAAUAGACGUCACGUGGAGACAGGUAGGGCUGUCAUCGAUAGAAACAAUAUCGAUGUAUCAACGAUUUUUUUUUGUCGAUCGAUUAUCGAUUCCCAUUUUAAAAAAUCGAUAUUUUACAGCGAGAAAAAACUACCCAAAUAAACACUCAGACCCUAAAAAACAACUUAAGUUCACAAAGUUGUAAAUUUGGAUGAAUGCAAAAAAGGAGUGAAGGCAAAAUAAAAAUGAAAGAUGUUAUUAAUUUUUAUGUAUUUCUUUUAUUUCAUAAUUACAAAUACAACACAAUGAAACAGAAAUAUGGAAAGUAGGCAAUAAAACUUAAAAUAGCAUUUACAGGAAGGUAUAUAGUAUUAUAUGAACAAAUAGGUCGUUAAUCUAACUUAAUAAUCGGUAUAUCGAUGUAUCGUCGAUAUUUGUCUUCUGAUAUAUCGGUAUCGUCGAUACGCCUAAGACCCAAUCAAUGACAGCCCUAGAGACAGGAUAUAUUCCAUAUCCUGCUAGUAUAUUUCAGAUAUGAAUUUUGAUUAAAACAAAAUGGCUGCCACACUGCUGGCGUAAUUGAAUCAAGUCAGAUUAUUUAUUAGCUCCAGCGUCAGUAUCAUUUCCGAGAGUAAAUUUAGUGUUUUCUUGCCGAUUUCAUUCCACUUAAGUUGAGGCUCAUGAAGUUCGACAAAAGUUAGCCGUAAAAGCGGAAUAACUCUGUAUGGAAUACACAGACGUUGAAAUCUUGUUUUAAGUUGAAUCAUCGUAAAAUAGAGGAAUUGACAUAUUUGUUACUCAGCAGUUUGUUGUAGAAUCAUUUAAUCUACGUGCAAGAUAAAUGAUUUAACAGGAAACGGGAUAAAAGCGGAAGUAUCAAGACAUUUGUGACAUUGUGAAAUCUGGUGACUUUCGAAGGGAUGGAACUAGAAGUUUUUUUAGUAUUUCUGAUCUAAACCAGUUCACAACCUGUGUAAAUGAGCUUUUGUGUUUUGUGAUUUAACCAGAACACAGGUCAUUGUGCAUUUUAUGGCUGGUGUAAAUCAACUAUAAACAAAACAUGAUGACCAAACAAAUGGUUGUAGGAUUCCAGUCCAGUCUGCACUGUAAGUAGCUUUGUUAAUUUACAAAAUAUGUUGAUUAUAGCAUGUAAGUAAAGGGUAGUCGGCAAGAUAAAAUCGUUACACUGGUUGUUGGUGACAGGAUACAGGAAAUACGCUUCGCUCUUGCCUGAUAUGGAUUUCUUUGACAGCAUAUAUCCCGUAUCCUGUCACCAACAAGCAGUGUAACUAAUAAUAUUAACUUUAAAUGUGAAAAAAUCCUCAUCAGUUCUGUUUAACUUGACUGAAUAUAAAAAUGGGAAUGUAUGUAUAAAAGCUAUUUUCAUAGUUGAAUGUCAUUUAGUAACAGUCAUUUAUUAAAAAACUGCCAGUUCAAGUUCAUGUUGUGGCUAAUUUUACAUAGUAUUUGUAACCUAUUAUAUAGAGGAUAAUUGUUGGUUUCGGUGUAAUAUCACGUUAUAAUUUCACCGAGUGGGCACCAGAAGUGAUAUUUUCACGAGUGGCGCAGCCACGAGUGAAAAUAACAACUUUUGGUGUUCACAAGUGAAAUUACCGUGAUAUUACAUCGAUACCAACAAUUUUUCUGUUUAUUUUAUGUCUAAAACUCUACUUUUGUUGUGUUUAUUUCAAUAAAAUGUCGAAAUUUGCGGGAAAUUUUAUCGGGAAGCAUCGCAAAGAUGACGUCAUUUUAACGACGUCAUCGUCAUAUUGUUUCCGGCUUUCAGUAUGCUCGGUAAACUUUCUGACAUUAAUCCGGGUAUCAGAUUUGAUAAUUUUCACUGAGUGGCCAGUGAGUUUAUCAGGAUAUAAUUCACCGUUAUAUUUCGAUAAACCACCGAAAAACAUAAAAUAAACAGUACUGUUUAUACACCCAAACAUGUUUAUUUCUUGUUUACAGAGAUGUUUAUUAUAGAAAUUGUUCAUUUUUUGGCAAAUACGAAAUUCGGGCAAAAGAUCCUUUUAAAUCAUUUCCAUGUACAAGUUUUGUAAAAUUCAAAUUUUUUGUGGGCUUUUUAUAAGCCUGUUUGAAAAAUGGGACGUAUUAUGGGAAUGCCCCUGGCGGGUGGUGUCCACAAACUUUGUCUGGAGCAUAUCUUCUUCAUGCAUGGAGGGAUUUUGGUGUAACUUGGCACAAUAUUUCACCAUCAUGAGAUGGAGUGUCAUGUGCAAGGACCAGGUCCCUUCUUUAGAAUUACUCCCUUUUGUUGUUACUAUAAAUAGCCUAUAUUGUUACUUUUUUAUGCCCCCGAAGGGAAGCAUAUAGUUUUUGAACCGUCUGUCGGUCUGUCCACAAUUUUCGUGUCCAGUCCAUAUCUUUGUCAUCCAUGGAUGGAUUUUCAAAUAACUUGGCAUGAAUGUGUACCACAGUAAGACGAUGUGUCGCGCGCAAAACCCAGGUCCGUAGCUCAAAGGUCAAGGUCACACUUAGACGUUAAAGGUCAUUUUUCAUGAUAGUGCAUUGAUGGGCGUGUCCAGUCCAUAUCUUUGUCAUCCAUGGAUGGAUUUUCAAGUAUCUAUGCAUAAAAAUUGUGGCACAGUAAGACGACAUGUCGCGCGCAAGACCCAGGUCUGUAGCUCAAAUGUCAAGGUCACACUUAGACGUUAAAGGUCAUAUUUCAUGAUAGUGCAUUGAUGGGCGUGUCCGGUCCAUAUCUUUGUCAUUCAUGCAUGGAUUUUAAAAUUAUUAGCCAUGAAUGUGUACCAAAGUAAGACGACGUGUCUCGCGCAAGACCCAGGUCCGUAGCUCAAAAGUCAAGGUCACACUUAGACGUUAAAGGUCAUAUUUCAUGAUAGUGCAAUGAUGGGCGUGUCCGGUCCAUAUCUUUGUCAUUCGUGCAUGAAUUUUAAAAUAACUACGCAUGAAUGUGUUGCACAGUAAGACAACGUGUCGCGCGCAAGACCCAGGUCUGUAGGUCAAAGGUCCUAAACUCUAAAAUUGGCCAUAACUAUUCAUUCAAAGUGCCAUCCGGGGCAUGUGUCAUCCUAUGGAGACAGCUCUUGUUUAUUACUGGUUGUAGGGAAAAAAUGAGACCACUUUUCUGUAGUACAACAUGCAUGUUAACUUACGUCCAAUUUUGAGGUGUAUUUUGACCUAUCUCUACCUGGUAAGGAUUUUUGUGUGGACUUAAAAUUCCAUUUGCAAAUACAGGUGCUAGUGUAAAUAAAUUUGCUAUGACGGGUGUAUAUUGUGGCAUUCUGGCACUCUUGUUGUUCUUGUCCCUCAAGGACAAAAAUUUUCCUUUUGAGGAAGCAGCACAGAUGAAACAACUUGGAGGAAUUUUAUUUGCAUUAAGGUUUUCUCUUGUGGAUUUUGGAUUUCUACAAUAUCUACUUGGUGGGUCUCAGAAUUUCUCCAGAAAAUAAGUUUUGCCAUUGUUCUAUUGGAGACUAAAACACAGAUCCUUAUUUCAUGCCUGCAAUGUCUUUAUUUGAGCCGUGGCAUGAGAAAACCAACAUAGUGGGUAUGCGACCAGCAUGGAUCCAGACCAGCCUGCGCAUCCGCGCAGUCUGGUCAGGCUCCAUGCUGUUCGCUUUUAAAGCCUAUUGGAAUUGGAGAAACUAUUAGCGAACAGCAUGGAUCCUGACCAGACUGGUCUGGAUCCAUGCUGGUCGCAUACCCACUAUGUUGGUUUUCUCAUGGCACGGCUCAUUUAUGCUUUAUACUUUCAUCUUCUAAAGUGUGUUCACAUUUUUGCAUCUUUUUUUAAAAAUAGAAUUUUUUAAGGUAGUUUUUCAUGUUAGGAUCAAAUCGUUUGUACAAUAUAGAAUUUGAUUGAACUCUUUAUUUUUUAGACUUCAGUAUAUGCUAAGAAAAUGAGGCAAAAUAAGAUGAUUGGUCUGCUAUAUUUUUUGUUACUAAUGGACUGAUUUGAAAAAAGAAAUUGACCUCAUGUAAGUAUUAAGACUGGGAGUCAAUGGGAAAAUCUUAAUUUAAUGACAUUUUCACAAAUAGAAAAUUUUCUUCACUAAAUUUUAAUGAAAUUUCUCACAUUGAUAAAAUAAACAUAUUUUCUGUUAUAAAGUCUAAUAAAUAUAAAGGACUGUGUUUAUAUAUUUUUAGAUAUAUGCUUGCGAUUUUAAGCUAAUUUUGUUAAGACUUAAUUUGGAAUUCAAUCAAGGGGCAACAUUUUAUAAUUAUAUUUCAUCUUUAGAAAGUUGCUGUUUUCAUAAAUUAAAGCAUAAGUUCCCAUCAAUUCGUAAGCUGAUUUUCGUUUCCAGGGUUUAGGCUUUAUUCUAUAUUUUUUGUAUAAAUGACGCAGUACCAUUAUUUCUGGUUUAUAGAACAUGCAGAACUAAGUUAAUUGUUAAAAUAUUUCAAUCAAGAGCUUCACUAGCACAUUUUGUUAUUUAUAUUGCUUUUGUUUCAAAGACUGUGAUAUUUCAUUAGAGACUUUCUCAUUAUUAACAUGUAUACUGUAAUGUAGAUCCAUUAUUAAUAACUGUUAAAAAUAAAGCUAGAUCUCGA